AUUGAGGUUACGUUUAAUGUUUAUGGUAUUGUUAUAUAAAAUUAUAUUUUCGCUGAACCUGAACAGUGUUUUGUGCUUUUAAAUUUUUUAUGUUCCGUGUUUUCAAUAUUGUUUUAAUUUUCGUAUUGGUUUUAAAAACUUGACAGUAUUAUGGGUGUAGUAUGCAAAUAUUGUGAAAAAUUAUUUUCUAGUCAAUCAAAUAUCAACAAACAUAUAAAAAAUGUACACAAGUUAAAAGCCUCUGCAGUUUCUUAUGAUAAAGCAGUUUGGAAUAGUAAAUGCAUGGAGAGCGCCUGUAAUUCCUCAUUUCAACGAAAUGAAGAUUUAGUAAUUCAUCUUAGAACAGAACACAAUAUGUUUUUUGAAACUGAAGAUCUUUUUUUUACAAGUAAAAAAGAAUUUGCAGAAUGGAAAACCUCAAUGGAAGAGCAAUACCAGUGCAAUUAUGUUAUUUCAGCAAAAAGGAAUAAGGGUGAAAAUACUGAAAUUAUUUAUUAUAAAUGCAACCGAAGCAAUAUUAACAAGGUAACAAUUAAAGAGCAUCGACAAAGAAAUUUAAAAAGUCAGGGUACUUGUAAAUUAAACUUUACAUGUACCAGCCAAAUUAAAGUUGUAUAUAAGUCAAAUAAAUGUAGUAUACAUUGGAUUAAAACACAUUAUAACCAUAAGGCGGAGUUAGAGCAUAUUAGACUUUCAAGCAGAAUGAAAAAUGAAAUUGCUGCAAAGCUAGUUAGUGGUUUAUCUGAUCAAAGGGUCUUGGAAAUAAAUCGAGAUAAGAUUGGAGAACAUCUCAAACGUAUUGACCUAUUAACUUCUAAAGAUGUGGACAACAUUAAAGUCAAGUAUAAUAUAGAAGCCAAAUAUGGGAAGAGGCAUCCAAAUGACGCGCUUUCGGUAGAUCUCUGGGUAAGGGAAUGUCAGUCUAAGCCGCCCCAUGAAAAUAUGGUGUUGUUUUAUAAGAAGCAAGGUGAAGAUUCUGAAGAUUUCAGAAAAAUGGACUUUUGUUUAAUUAUAAUGAAUUCUUUUCAAGAAUUAAUGCUUAAAAAAUUUGGUAACAAUGUCAUUGCAGUUGAUAGCACACAUAUUUUAAAUAACUAUGAUUUUGAAAUGUCUACUGUAAUGAUGAUUGAUGAUUUUGGGGAAGGUGUGCCGGUUGCUUUCAUGUUCUCGAACAGAAAAGACACUUAUGUGUAUCAUGUCUUUUUUAAAACUAUUAUGACAAGGGUUGGUAAAAUAAAUGCUAGAACAUUCAUGUCCGAUUUAGCAGAGUCUCUUUAUAAAGCCUGGUGUAGUAUAAUGGGACAAGUAAGAUAUCAUUUGAUCUGCUCAUGGCAUGUUGAUAGAGCAUGGCAAACAAAUUUGAGCAAAAUUAGGUUUAAGGAUAAACGAUCAGAAAUAUACCAGAUAUUGAAAGUACUGCAAUCAGAAAUAGAUGAGGUAAAAUUUGAGAAAAAAUUGGUUUCGGCCAUAAAUAUUAGGUUGGAUGAUGAUGAUACAAAAAUCUUUGGAUCUUACUUUCAGUUAAAUUAUUUAAAAAACAGUGGGCAUAUUGCUUUAGAAAAUCAACAGGAAUUAACACAAAUAUGA